GUGUUUAUAAAAAGGGUGUGUUGCUACUGUUGGAGUGACUCUGAGGCACUUACAGGACAUAGUUUCACAUGUUGUGAGCUUAGAAUCGAACCAGGUUUACUACAUUGUUCAGUCUGGUGAGAUGGAGACGCAGCACAGCAGCAGCAGCAGCAGCAGCAGCAGCAGUGUGACUGACUUUCAGCAGCUGUGGGGAAGUUGGACCACCCUUCUGAAGCGUUUUUAUGAUGACCCCAAGGUAGCACAGCUGAAGAGCACAAGACUCGGGCAGUACCUGAGCAGCCACCCUUUCUUUGCUCUCACAGUGUUGCUGUUCGGCGCCUUGUCUGCACUGCCUGUCGGACUUUUCCUCUCUUUUGCUCUUGUGACCUGUAUUAUGUCGGCAGUAGGUUUUGUUUUCUUUGAAGUGUUUCUGUUGUUUGUAGGAGGGAUGACUCUGCUGUGUCUGCUACCCGGCAUCGCCCUUUUCUCUGUCAUGGUUUCAGUCAUCUUUAAUGUGCUUUACAUCACCGUCUCCAACAUCCUCAGCCGCUAUUACCCGCAUCUGACAAAGGAAGGUAAAGUCCAGGAGGAGGAGAGUGAAUGUGAAACUUCAUAACUGAAGGAAAUGCAGUAGGUUGAUUCUUGAAAUGACCCUUCGAAUGCACUGUAUGUAAUAGAUUUUCUAUGCACAAAGACUCCCUGAUGGUUACUGUAUGUCUAAGACCUAAAUAUUACAUAUUUUUCUAAAAUGCCUGUUAUCAUCUCUAUAUCUAGACAUUUUAUAUAGGUGAAUUGUUGGGAUGUGGGACACUUGUGCUCCAGUGGGUAACCUAAAAGUCAAUAAAUGUAGCUCUCCAAUCAUACUGUAGAUUUGGGUGGAGCAAUUUUCAGCAGGAAACACCCUGCGUGUAGACCUUUUUAUAUAUGUCAAUGGUGUAGACCACCCAAAGGUCAGUGGCAGUGUUUAAACCAGACUGUAAUAAGAAAUACAUAACAUAUAAAGACUGAAAUAGGGUUCGAAAGGUGGGACAGUUUGAUUGGCCUGAUGUGGAACAGCAUAUUUUUUUGCAAUAACAAUGGUUAUUUACAGGGUUUUAGUCUUUUAAUGCAUUAUUUUAAUAAUAAUGUUUGAGUUCAGAUAGAUUUUUUAGAAAAUGUAAUAAAAAUUGUUCCACUUAAUUCUAUGCAUAUUAUUGAUUAUUCAAUGUAAUGUAUUUCAGAUCACAAUGGUAAAGAAGAGAAAUAAGACACAGAGAAAGGCAGGCAAAAAAUCAGGGAAGGAAACUGAAUCAGUGGAGGCAGGAAAGGAUGAGGGGAGCAAUAGAGUAUAGACAGAUCGUUGAGGAUGGUGGGGUCCCUUGGCUGAGGCUGUUGGCCAGAGCCUGGAGCGUUCCUGAAUCCACUCUCCAUGGGUUUUCACAUUUAGCCUUGAAUGCUAUUGACCUGAGAUGUUUAUAUUACAUGAAUUAAGAUAAUUUAGGCCUUUUAACAUUGUCCCACAUUUUGGACAUGCAGAUUGUCUGAGACAACUUGGCACUAAGAGUACUGAUAUGUACCAUUUCUUUUAUGAGUGUGAUAUAGCUACAUUUUCUUUUCUUUUUUGGUUUGAUUAGGACACAUCCUGGGGAUUUCGGAGUGGUAUUGAGUGUGGAUGUAAUGUAUUGGCUUCAUCUGAAAUGCAAACAAUGUCCCACAUUUGGCUAAUUCAAGAAGAAUAAAAUGUCUACAACAGCCAAAACAUGAAACAACUAACCUUUCAAUUGCAUUAAUAGCCAUAUACGGAAGACUUAUUUUAGUCUAAUCCAAACAUAUUCUAUAUGCACUACGCACAUAUCUUGUGAAAUGGUGGCUGAUUUCAAGUAUUAGAGAAAGAUGUUGACUCAUGGCUGAACAGUGUAGUUAAUCCAAAUGCACUAUUCUAUUCAGUCUGAAAAUGCCUGUGUACUUAUGUUGUGUAUGUCUGCAAAUAUCUGAUGCACAUGCCUAUCAGGCAAAAAAAAUCACUACAAAAUAACUGUUACAUGUGUGUUUGCUGUUUUAGAAGAAAAUGAAUUACCUAACAAUUUUAGUCUCAUUUUAUACUGAUAUCCUCUUUGUGUCGCCUGUGUUAAUUAAGUCUGUCUCCCUUUUUGCCUUGCUUAGUAUUUAAAACAAAGCAUUUUACUUUGGUCACUGUGAGUGAGACCGUUUCUUUAAAGCCCAACCCGGCUCCAAGGGAGUUCACACCUCAUUUAACAAAGGACCAUUUUUAAAUAGUUUGAGACGGUAUUGGGUCCAUGCAAAUCUAUUCAGAUAGUUUUGUGAGUGAAUGUCUGCUCAGCUUUUGUUAUUCUGUUGCUUCCUGUAACUUUGUAUAGAACCUUGACUAGAAACCCAUUCUGGUCAGAGAGAAUCCUACUGCUUCUUGUGAGCUUCUUUCUCCACUGCGCAGUGAAUAAAACUCAUCUGAACCAGCCACUGAACUGGACCUGAGAGAACUUUUUCUUCUACACUGUUAACUUUAAAAGAGCACAAUGUUGUACGUUUGUAAUGCAGCUUUGAAUAAAUCAGGAUAAACAGUU